GCCCACUACGACUCAUUUGAUACCAUUUGAAACGACAAGCUGUGGUCUAUCUUGGUUUAGUUACAUCUUUGCUACAGUCACAUGCGUUUCCUUGUUUAGUUCCACUUCCGCAUCUCACAUAAAGUAACGUUAGACGCUGUAUAAUGAUUUUAUAGCAUAAAUCGUUUACUUUAAAGUACAUUUUAUAGCGGACUGUUAACGAACAUGAUUUCGUAAUUGUGCGUGAUCGAAAUUGAUUACCAGGUGUUAGUCUGUUGCAUUUGCAAGAAAAAACAGGGGACAGUGUCCAGUUUAGCUAGCUUAGCUUUCUUUUGCUAGCUACUUGAUCAGCUAGGUUGUAGCCAUUUCAACCUAACCCAACCAACACUUCGGAAUAACUGGCUACAUCUUUUCGGAAUGAAGGUGUCCAUGUCCCCCCCACACACAGCGACGCCUGUGCGGCUGUUAGUUCUGGCUGUUCAGCUGGUCCUGUUGGUGUGUGGAAGCCAGGCCCGUGACGACACCAAGAGGUGUAAGCUGUUCUCUGAGUCCCCGGCAGAACGGAAGGUCCUCAGUCUUCUAGAACCGCUCACUAACAAGACUUUCUCUGUGAAGACGACAAGCGACAAGGAGAGCUACACGUACCAGUUCCAAGUGUGUGGGGAUGUGGGGAAAACGGUCGGAGCGGGACUCGUUCAGAUCGACCAUACCGAGAAAAAACUUGAGACCGUGCUUGGCCUGUACACUGUAACACAGGCCAUCGGAGGAAGUGACUGGGUGAUGUUGAUCUACAGCAACGGCACCAAGUAUGACGGCCACUGUUCCAAGGAGAUGAGGAAAGCCAUUGUCAUGAUCUCCUGCAACAGAGGAGUGGAAAUGGGGAAUCUGGAAGUGGUGUUGGAGGAGAGGGAGAGGGACAGGGACUGUUUCUAUCUGUUUGAACUGGACUCCAGUGCGGUCUGUCCCGCUCUGCCAUCCCAGCUCAGUGCAGGCUCCAUAAUACUCAUCAUUGGGUUCGUCCUCUUGUCAGUGUACCUCAUUUGUGGAUUCCUCUACCAGCGGUUGAUUGUCGGGGCCAAAGGGUUGCAGCAGUUCCCCAACUAUGUCUUCUGGACGCAGGUUGGCAACCUGGCAGCGGAUGGAUGUAACAUCGUGUGUAGAACACAGGGCCCCGAAGAGGAACCUCCCACAUACAGGGGUGUGUCCACAGAGCCAGAGGAGGAGCCAGAAGAGAGGGAUGACCACUUGCUUCCCAUGUGAUCUGAUGUCAGUAGUGGGAGGGAUCUAUCCCGUGUGAAGCUUUUGACACUUCGGAUAGAUAUUGCCCUUAGGCACAGAUCUAGGAUCAUCACUUACUCUCUCCAAGUCCGGAGAAACAUAAAACUGACCUCAGUUCAGUGUCUAGGUGCAACGUCAUCCUAGUUCAUUUUGACAGUUUCAGGGAUGAGUUUAGAGGUGGGCACACCAGUUUAUGGAAGACUGGAGGAUUUGUGACAUCCAGGAUUCCUAAACACUUAGUUCAUUAUAUUAUAUGGUAAGUCACCUGCCCUGGUUUGCAUGGCCCAGGCGUCAUUAUUUGGAGGUGGCAACAAAAACCUGGAUACACUUCUUUUUUUUCUUUUUUCUUUCAUGAACUGGAGUGGCCACCUCUGGAUGGAGAGUGACGUCUCAAACAGACUCUGUUACAUCUGGUUCAUCUGGCACAAUACAAGGUGUCGUUACUAGUUAACGCAGCCACAAAGUCAUGAAACCCCACCUAUUUCUACAAUGUAUCUUUUAAACCUAACUAACCUUAACCAAACGGAUAACCUGAUGCCUAACCCUGACCUUUUAAAUUGAGACCAAAAGCACAAUUUUGUUUUCAUUGAAUUUUCACAAUAGAGCCAAUUUUGACUUUGUGACUGUAUUAUCUAGUGGAAACCGUAAGGCCUUUCUACAUGACUGACAUGUUACUGCUGACAAUGCAACCAUAGGAACAGUUUCUGACACUCCCAUCCAGUUUGUUUCAGUAGCUGAUGGCUGUGUACUGACUUGUAGGUCACACUUUAUUUGAAGGUCUGCUUAUACACUGCUUAGAAUAAAUUUUACAUAGUAAUAUCACAGUAAGUGAAAAAGCAGGCUUUUGUUCACGAUUACACACUUACAGGUCAUUGUAAUAAAUUGUUUACAUUUAAAACGGUUAGAUAUGUUUACUGUUAAGAAAUAAAUAAACACUAUCACUUAGCCUAAAAUGUAUGAUUGGGUAAAAAUAUUGAAUAAUGACCUUCAAAUUCAGUUGGACUACACUACAGUACAGAGCCAUUUCAACCAAUGCACUGCUAGACAUACACAUUUAGUCCGUGUUGCUAUUUUAGAGCAUGAUGUUGACUGGGCCUUGACCAAAAUGUACUUCUGACCCGUUCUACCUUUUCCUUAGCUAUUUGAAGAGUAGGGUUGGAACCAAUUCCAUUUGAAUUCUGUUCCUAUCAGUUCACUUCCUAUGUUGACAAAAUUGAAAUGGCAUUGACCCCAAACUAUGGUACUGAGUAGUAGCUGUGUUCAUAACCAAGUGGGAAGGUGGUAAUUACCAGUUGUGAAGUCGUAAAUACCAGUUGGAUACGUUUUACGUUCUUUGAAUUUGUUGGGAAACGCUGAUUCGCUGAUUGGCUAAUGGCCAACAGGUGGCGUCAACUGUAAAUUAAAAGUACAGCUUUCACGCUUGUAAACAAAUUAGUGUUCAAAAACCAUAUUAAUAUAUUGUUUUUUAUAAAUAAUGCUUUGUUGCGUUUAACAGCCAAAAAUGCUAUUAUCGAGGUAAUUUUCUUAUAGGUGACGUCAGAGGUCACCAUGAGGGAGAAGUCGGAGCUCAGGGAUGAUAGACAAGUUUCCCACUAGUAAUUACCAGUUGGAAUGGUGUUAAAGUGGGUUUUUCCCAGUCAUAUGUGGUAAAUGCCACCACCUCACUUGGUUAUGAACGCAGUAUUAAUGAUACUGAGGAUAUUGAUUAUGUUUAGGAUUUUGUAAUAUAAUGCUGUGAUUGAACAGGUCCUUCAUAAGGCAACAGAAGGCACUUUGUGUUCAACAGUAAAAUGGAGGAACUUAAGUAAUUUAUAUAAUCAUGAAAAAUACACAUGUACUAUCUGUGACAUGUGGGUGAAUGUUUUUUAAAAUUUAAUUUUUGUUUCUUUGUGGUGUUUUUAAAAACAAAAAAACUUAGCCCAUGGCAAUCGCUUAGUUCAAUCAAGACCUGAAAGAUGGCAUUCGUUAGACCCGGCCCAGGACAACAGGCCCCAAUAAGAUGUGGCGAAAUGGAUCAGAACCAAACCAGGUCUGGGUUCAAUGGAUUUGGUCAGUUCUGACUUUGGCUUUAGUUUGUGAUGCUCUUUGUACUUGCAGAAGAGGGGAAGAGUAAAAUAGAAUUUGCUUAGUUUGUUUUGUGCUUUUGCAUCAAAUUAAAUAUGAAUUGUGUUUUAUUACAGUUCUGAAUCUGUCAUGUAUGACAAGUUUUAGAGUGCUGCUGUGUUUGCAGGGGCAAUUAACUCCCAAAGCAACGCAAUAUAAAACAUAAUAAAUAUAUUUUUAAAACGA